AUGAAGUCCUUCAUGGACGAGCCGUGGUGCGAGACUGAAGCCUUCAUCCACGGCAGAUGCCUGGUAGCUGCAUUCGAGAGAGCUCUGGAGGCAGAUGGGGUGCAGCCCUGGCAGGUUUGGAGAUCCUCGUGCAGUUGGGGUUGGGCCGUCGGGCGCCGCCAGGGGCAAAGUUGUACAAAGAAGCGAACCAUCGCGGCCCCCUUGCGUGGAGGUGACGUCACCAAAAUGGUUAUCCUCUCCGAAAAAGUACUUGAGGCCUUCCGCAGCUGGGAUGUACAAGGAUGCGGCACGAUUAGCCGCAAGCAGCUGAUCCGCAUUCUCCAGAGGCUCACGCCCCAAGUCACCGAGUCGGAUCUGGAGGUGCUCUUUGUGGCUGCCGGUGCAGACUGUGGCGGUGGAGUGAAGUACAAUGACUUCAUCUCCUACUUAUGGGCUGACGGCUCCUCUGCCGAAGAUGCGAAGGAGGCAGCUAGAGCGCGGGGACUCUGGGAAGAUGCUCUCAGAAAUGCUAGAGAAAAGACUGCCAAGACUUGGCCCGCUGACAGGGUGGAUCGCUAUUGGAACGAGGUUGAGACGAGAUUGUGGUCAAAGGACUACUUCGAUCACGUCAAGACCAAUAUGUUCGUCCAGGCAGACCAGGACAAAGACGGCAGAGUCAGCUUCGAUGAAGCGAGAGCAUUGAUUUGCAAGUCGCUGCGGUGUGCAGCUGACCUAACAAAAGCCCCGCAGCCGACGCAAGAAGAAGUUCGCCAGGCGUUCGAUGCACAUGAUACGCUUGUUGAAGGAAGGGGACGAAUGGGAGUUGGUGAGUUCGUGAAUCUUGCACGUUACCUCCAAGUUAUCGUGGCCGAAGCUAUGCUUCCUUUCAGCAAGGCCAUGUGUUGCCAACACCACGCGCUCCAGGCCUUGCUGAAGAGGAUUCAGCGGGACCGUGGCGAGCAGAUCAGGCACCGGCAGCUUGAUUCUCAGCGCUUAAUCCAGAGGAACAAGAACCUGAAGGCCGAUCUUUACAAGAAACAGCACCUCGAAUUCCAGAGGGCUGAGGCGGCGAUCAGGUCCAUUAUGUCUCAGCCGGAGCACGCACAAAGGCUGCUGGACGAGCAUGAUCCCGCUUCGGUGGCCAGGAGUGCGGCGAUGGGGGAACUUCCAGCUCUCGGCCGGAUCAAGUGGAAGGGCCCUUGUCUGCCGGAGAACUACAUGCCACCGGGCGGGAUCUCCAAGGGCUUGGUGAAGGCGAAGACCACGCCUAGGGCAGACGACAGGCAGACGAUGCAAACAAGUGCAAGCGCUGCCAGUGACGCCACGUAG